ACAGACGGACACCAGCCGCCCCCCCGCCGCAGAGACCUCGCCUCGGCCCCCUCCCCCCGCGGCCCGGCCCAGGGGGGGCUGCCCCGUGCCCGACCCCCCCCAAUGAGAUUUUUCAGGCUGACCUUCAAGUGCUUCGUGGAUUGCUUCUGACCCCCCCCCGCGGCUGCAGCGACCCCCCGCCCCCAGCACCCCCCGGCGCCCCUCCCCCCCCAGCUCCUCUCUUUGCAAGGGGGGGGAGAGAUUUUUAAUUGCAGCCCCUUUCUUCCCCCCCCCCCGGCCAAGACCCGGAUCCUGACCCCCGCCUCGUAAAUUGGGGGGGGGCCCGGAGCCCUCCACCGCAGCGCCCACAGACCCCCCCACCCCUCUGGGGGGGCCGAACCCGCCCCCCCACCGGACCAUGAGCAAAGGGGACGUGCUGGGGAACGGGGUGUACAGCGUCCCUCUGGGGGGGGCCAUGUGCCAGGAGCCGGAGGAGGGGGGGCUGGUGGCGGUGUCCCGCAAAGGGGACCGGGGGGGAGCCCUGCCGGCCCCCCCGCCGCCCCCCGCCGCCGCGCCGCCCCCGCGCGAGACCUGGACGCGGCAGAUGGAUUUCAUGAUGUCCUGCGUGGGCUUCGCCGUGGGGCUGGGCAACGUCUGGCGCUUCCCCUACCUGUGCUACAAGAACGGCGGAGGUGUCUUUCUGAUCCCCUACCUGCUCAUCGCGGUGCUGGGGGGGGUCCCCAUUUUCUUCCUGGAGAUUUCGCUGGGGCAGUUCAUGAAAGCCGGGAGCAUCAAUGUCUGGAACGUCGCACCCCUGUUCAAAGGCCUGGGCUUCGCCUCCAUGGUGAUCGUGUUUUACUGCAACACCUACUACAUCAUGGUGCUGGCCUGGGGCUGCUACUACCUGGUCAGCUCCUUCAGCGCCCCCCUGCCCUGGGCCACCUGCGGCCACACCUGGAACACGCCCGAGUGCGCCGAGAGCUUCCCUCCGCCGGGCUGCGCCGGCAACCGCAGCUGUGAGCCCGAGGGGCGCUCGCCCGUGCUGGAGUUCUGGGAGAACCGGGUGCUGCGGCUCUCGGGCGGCCUGGAGGUGCCGGGCGCCAUCAACUGGGAGGUGACGCUCUGCCUGCUGGGCUGCUGGCUGCUGGUCUACUUCUGCGUCUGGAAGGGCGUCAAGUCCACCGGGAAGAUCGUCUAUUUCACUGCUACAUUCCCCUACGUGGUGCUGAUCGUGCUCCUGAUCCGGGGGCUCCUGCUGCCCGGCGCCGGCGCCGGGAUCCUCUAUUAUCUCAAACCCGACUGGGCCAAGCUGGGCUCCCCCCAGGUCUGGAUCGACGCGGGGACUCAGAUCUUUUUCUCUUACGCCAUCGGCCUGGGCGCCCUGACAGCCCUGGGCAGCUACAACCGCUUCAACAACGACUGCUACAAAGAUGCCAUAAUCCUCGCCCUGAUCAACAGCGGGACGAGCUUCUUCGCCGGCUUCGUGGUGUUCUCCAUCCUGGGCUUCAUGGCGGCGGAGCAGGGGGUCGACAUCUCCAAGGUGGCGGAAUCCGGGCCUGGCCUGGCAUUCAUUGCGUAUCCCCGAGCUGUCACCCUGAUGCCCGUCGCUCCCCUCUGGGCGGCUCUGUUCUUCAUCAUGCUGCUGCUCCUUGGACUGGACAGUCAGUUUGUGGGGGUGGAGGGUUUCAUUACAGGGAUCCUGGACUUGCUCCCGCCCAGCUGCUCGUUCCGGUUCCAGCGGGAGGUGACGGUCGCCCUGAGCUGCAUCCUCUGCUUCUUCAUCGACCUCUCCAUGGUCACCGAGGGGGGUAUGUACGUCUUCCAGCUCUUCGACUACUACUCGGCCAGCGGCACCACGCUGCUCUGGCAGGCGUUCUGGGAAUGCGUCGUGAUUGGCUGGGUGUACGGGGCCGAUCGGUUCAUGGACGACAUCGCCUGCAUGAUCGGCUACCGGCCCUUCCCCUGGAUGAAAUGGUGCUGGAUGGUUCUGACGCCCCUCAUCUGCCUGGGCAUUUUCCUCUUCAACGUUGCCUACUACAAGCCGCUGAUCUACAACCAGACGUACGUGUACCCGUGGUGGGGCGAGGCCCUGGGCUGGGCCUUCGCGCUCAGCUCCAUGCUGUGUCUGCCGCUCACCGCCCUGGCCAAGCUGCUCCGCGCCAAGGGGUCGCUGGCCGAGCGCUGGCAGCGGCUCACCCAGCCCGUGUGGGGGCUGCACCACCUGGAGUACAAGCUGCCCGAGGGGAACGUGGGGGCUCUGAGCAGCCUGAGCCCCCGCGCCGAGGACAUGGGGAAAGUCGUCAUCCUGGAGAGCGUCAUGUGACCCUGAGCGCCGCCCCCGGCUGGGGGGCCCCCUUGCCCCCCGUACCGUGUGCCACUCAAAUCAUACAGCCGCUCCAUGGGGGGGCAGGACCCCUGCAAACCAGCCCGGACGCCUGGGUUCUCCGGGAGGGGAGCUCCCCCGUUUG